GGCUUUGGGAGAAGGGGGCGUGGUGGGGGUGUGGUCUAAGCUCGGGGGCGGGGCAUGCAGCCCCGCCCCCUCCCCGCCAUGAAGUGCAUCGUCGCGGGCGGCAACGUCAAAGUCCUCGGCCGAGCCGUGCACUCCCUGUCCCGCAUCGGGGACGAGCUCUACCUGGAACCCACCGAGAACGGGCUGUCCCUGCGCGCCGUCAACUCGUCUCGCUCCGCCUUCGCCUCCUUUCUCUUCGCCCCCCUCUUCUUCCAGCUGUACGAGGCGGGCGGCCCCCAGCCCCACCGAGAGCUCUGCCGAUGCAAAGUCCUCAUGAAGUCCUUCCUGGGUGUUUUCCGCUCGCUGCCCUCGCUGGAGAAGACGGUGGGGAAAUGUCUCAUCCUGCUCAAACCCCGCGCCAGCCGCCUCGUCGUGCAGCUCCACUGCAAGUACGGCGUCACCAAGACCCACAACCUGACCUUCCAGGAGUGCGAGCGGCUGCAGGCCGUCUUCGACACCCAGCGCUGCGCCAGCAGCCUCUGCGCCCCGGCACGGGUGCUGGCGGAGGCUGUGGUCCACUUCCCCCAGACGCUGGCUGAGGUGACGCUGGCGGCUGGCCCCGGCGGCAAGAUCAGCCUUCGGAACCACGUGGAGGACGAAGCGGAGCCAGGGAAAACGAUGGUGACGGAGCUGUGGCUGGCCGAGGACGAGUUUCAGACGGUGGCCGUGGCCCCGGGCUCCCGCAUCACUUUCUGCCUCAAGGAGUUUCGGGGGCUGCUGACCUUCGCUGAGGCCUCCAACCUGCCCCUCACCGUCCACUAUGACGUGCCUGGCAGGCCGGUGAUCUUCACCCUGGAUGACGCAGUGCUGGAGGUCCACCUGGUGCUGGCCACCCUCUCAGACCCAGAAAGCAACUUGCAGCCCCCCACGGCCAACGGUGUGUCCCACCUGCCCGCCCCAUCAGACGACUUCGCCGAUGACCUCGAGUCCUACAUGAUUGCCAUGGAAACCAGCACCUACGAGGAGGGCUCGGGGGUGCCUCCCAUCCCCACUUUCCCCCCGUGCACCCCGCAUCCAGCCGAAAGCGACCCCGAGGAAGAAGAGGAGGAGGAGGAAGGAGCUGUGCCGGGGACCCCCCCUCACAAGAAGUUUCGCUCGCUGUUUUUUGGCUCGGUGUUGACGCCAGGGCGGCCUGGCCUGGCCCCUGCCCUGGAGGUGCUGGCGGAGGACAGCGAUGGCGAGUACUGAGAGCCCUGAGGGUGCUGAGCUGCCAGCACCCCACUCCUCCAGCAUCCAGCCACCAGGAUGGGCGCUGCCCCGACCCAGUAUCGGCUCCCAAACACAGGCACCCCCCCACGACCCAUUACAAGUUUAUUCCCAA